AUGAUCGAUCUCCAGAUCCAUUUUGAUGCUGCCCAGCCCAAUUGCAAAGAAAUGGAGCCGUUUUCUCAACCAAGCCCGUUGUCCCCUUGGCUGAAUACCAUCCCUCCCGGCCAGCGAUCAGAUUGCGAUCCCGUGCUUAUGUCUUAUUUCGAACAUAUCAUCUGCAGCAGCGCAACUCUUGUCGAUAACGCACAUUACAACCCAUAUCGAUAUCUCAUACUCCCUAUGGCUCUGCAGUCCGACGGGCUAUAUCACGCUGCACUUGCAAUCGCAGCCAAUACCCUCAAGCUGUCAGACCAGCGGUACCGGCUGUCGGCAUUGGAGCAUCACCAUCAGGCAUUAAGUCACCUGCGUGGUCUAUUGAAUAAAGACAGCUGGGUGGAAAGUGAGCUAGAUGAGAUGCUCGGUCUGGUAUUGAUGUUAUGCUGGUUCGACGUAGGCUCCUCAACGCUUUCUACCAAUGAGAGAUGUCCUAAUUUCUUGCAGAUAUCCGAUCACAGUCGCUCUUCGUGGGUCACCCAUCUCAACGGUUUCCAAAACUUGAUUCGGACACGAAAAGAACGCCCCGGUCGGUCCUGUCACAGCCAAGAAUUGGCGAGUUUCUUCAAUCGUUAUUUCGCCUUCCAUUUAGUUUUAGCUCGCACUGCGUUUCGCGUCACUCCUGCUUCAUUUCAUACAUCGCCCCUUUCUCCGGACAGUAUACUGGAGAAAUCAGACACCAUUGAUCCAUACAUGGGAUUGAGCCCUGCUCUCUUACUACUUAUCAAUCAAGUAGCCGAGCUAGCGUGGAAUUGUGAAGAUGGAAACAUAAAAAUCAACCGUAAAGAUGUUCAUCAACUAAAGACGAACCUCGAUAGCCUUCAACAAAAGAUACCCACAGAGCAUAUCGAUCCGGAUACUGAGUGUGCUGCAAUUGCAGAAGCAAACAAGCUUGGGGCCCUUCUUCUUCUUCAUGAGAUCUGUUUGACUAAAGCCCCUAUGAAUCGAUCUGGUAUCCCGACACUGGAAUCUGAGGAGAAGGAUGUAUAUGUUGAGCAGAUAUUGACAUUGAUCUUGAAAAAGAAGGUAAAUAUGAUGCGGACCGCAGUUACGCCUCUAUGGCCUCUCUUUCUGGCAGGAUGUUGUGCUCGUAGGGAAGAGGAGAGGGUGAUUGUCUUGCAGUUGUUUAAAGAGCUGGAGAGUAUUCGUCGAUUUGGGAAUAUUACCCCUGCGAUUGAAGUUGUCGAAAUGGUUUGGCGCCAGCGGGAUCUGUCGGUGCAAGAUGAAAGAAAACUCCGGAAGAAGCUCAAUACACAACGGCAGAAAGAUCCAUUGCAAGAAGCCCGGUUCUCGUGGGAGCAUGCCAUGGUGAUGCUGGGUGGAAGGAAGCUCAGCUUGACUUGA